AUGGGUAAGGGUAAGCCAAGAGGUUUGAAUUCCGCUAGAAAGUUGCGUGUCCACAGAAGAAAUAACCGUUGGGCUGAAAACACUAUAAAAAGAGAUUAUUGGGUACUGCUUUCAAGUCCUCUCCAAUUUGGUGGUUCUUCUCACGCUAAAGGUAUUGUUUUGGAAAAGUUAGGUAUUGAAUCUAAACAACCAAACUCUGCUAUCAGAAAGUGUGUCAGAGUUCAAUUGAUUAAGAACGGUAAGAGAGUUACUGCUUUCGUUCCAAAUGAUGGUUGUUUGAACUACGUCGAUGAAAAUGACGAAGUUUUAUUGGCUGGUUUCGGUAGAAAAGGUAAGGCUAAGGGUGAUAUUCCAGGUGUCAGAUUCAAGGUCGUCAAGGUCUCUGGUGUCUCCUUAUUGGCUUUAUGGAAGGAAAAGAAAGAAAAGCCAAGAUCAUAA